GUCACCGUUGCGGACGUGUGGGAAAAUACCAUACAUUGCCGAUUUAGAAAAACAAACAAUGAGCAUAUCCGAUACGUCAGAUUUAAAGUAACGGCCCGCUCUUUGUAGAUCAAAGUGAUGUAAAAUAUCGCAAGUGUUGAAUAGAUGGUGCUAGUCUUAAGUGAAGUGGUUGUAGUUUUUGUGUCAUUUGGGUCUUUAUUGAACAAUUACCCUGCUUUAAUGUUUGCGGGAGGUGGAGCCGGGUUUCAGAAACAGUCGAAGCCGCCCUGGGAGAACUCUAAUACCAACACUAACGCCGCUGAACUAACACCGAGUUGGUCGCUGCCAAAGCUUUGCAGCCAAGAGGAGGAGGCGGGGAGACCACCACAAGGCGGAGUGGUUACCUUUGAGCCAAUUCAACACGACCACGAUUUCUGCGAGCGAGUUGUUAUCAAUGUUAGCGGACUAAAAUACGAAACCCAACUACGGACAUUAAAUCAAUUCCCAGAAACACUUUUAGGAGAUCCGUCAAGACGGAUACGAUACUUUGACCCACUACGGAACGAAUACUUCUUUGACCGGAACCGACCCUCCUUCGACGCAAUCCUGUACUAUUAUCAAAGCGGCGGACGACUGCGGCGUCCGGUCAAUGUUCCACUGGACGUGUUCUCGGAGGAAAUCAAGUUUUACGAACUGGGCGAGCAGGCCACUAACAAAUUCCGUGAGGAUGAAGGUUUCAUAAAGGAAGAAGAGAAACCUCUCCCUUCAAACGAACGACAACGCAAGAUUUGGCUUCUAUUUGAAUACCCUGAGAGUUCACAGGCGGCCCGCGUAGUUGCCAUCAUCUCCGUGUUUGUCAUCCUCCUCUCUAUCGUCAUCUUCUGCUUGGAAACGCUUCCAGAAUUUAAGCACUAUAAGGUCUUUAAUACCACAACAAAUGGUACCAAGAUCGAGGAAGAUGAAGUGCCCGACAUCACUGAUCCCUUUUUCCUCAUUGAGACUCUCUGUAUAAUCUGGUUUACGUUCGAAUUGAUAGUGCGGUUCUUAGCAUGUCCAAACAAAUUUAAUUUCUUUAGAGACGUGAUGAACAUUAUAGAUAUAAUAGCUAUCAUUCCUUACUUCAUCACUCUGGCCACCGUGGUCGCUGAAGAGGAAGACACGCUGAAUCUGCCUCGGGCACCAGUGUCCCCGCAAGACAAAUCGACUAACCAAGCCAUGAGUCUCGCCAUACUUCGAGUGAUUCGGCUUGUACGAGUCUUCAGGAUCUUUAAGUUAUCCCGCCACUCUAAAGGAUUGCAAAUCUUGGGAAGAACGUUGAAAGCAUCGAUGCGAGAACUUGGACUUUUAAUAUUUUUCCUGUUCAUAGGUGUGGUGCUGUUUUCAUCUGCGGUGUACUUCGCUGAAGCCGGAAGUGAGAACAGCUUCUUCAAAUCCAUACCUGAUGCGUUUUGGUGGGCGGUCGUGACAAUGACGACCGUAGGAUACGGAGACAUGACGCCGGUUGGAGUGUGGGGCAAAAUUGUCGGUUCGCUGUGUGCGAUCGCCGGUGUGCUCACCAUCGCGCUGCCGGUGCCCGUCAUCGUCUCCAACUUCAACUACUUCUACCAUCGCGAGACUGACCAGGAGGAGAUGCAGUCCCAGAACUUCAACCAUGUCACUAGCUGUCCGUACCUGCCGGGGACCAUGGGGGAACCUUAUUUAAUUUCAGGGCCGAUACAGAAGAAGUCGUCAAUGAGCGACGACUCGUCCUCAGAGAUGAUGGAGCUGGACGAGAACGCUCUGGUGGCGGACCCGCACCUGGAGCAGAACCUGCGGCGCCUGCAGGAGGAGGAGAAGCUGCUACUUGAGCAGCCGGCCCUCGAGGCUGGCAACAUGGAUGACUUCGCGGCGCUCGAGCACCAGGACGCUCUGCGUCUCAACCAGUUGCAACAGCAAGAGCUCCAUAAGAAGCAGCAGGUGCAAGCGCAGCGGCUAGCGCUGCGGCAGACGCAGAGCGCCACGCAGCCGGCGCCCGAGCGCCGGGAGCCCACCAUGCGGCGCCGCACCACCUGCACCGUUCGCGUCAACAACCUGCAUGCUGCCGAAGCCAUAGAAACGGACGUCUGACCAUUGGAUAAGGCGAGCCAGCGCGACGAGGACGGCGGCGCCGGCUGCGAGCACGCGCGUGCGCGCGCAGUGUGGCGCGGCCGGCUGCCCGCGCGCUCCCCGCCGCCCUGCCACGUGUGAGCCAGCCACGCUCGCACACGCCGACCCUCGUGACCCACACGUCUCCCGGACGCAUCACCCGACACCAGUGUUGAAUGUGAACUAUUAGGUGCUUCACUUUUAUCUCAAGCGAACCAUUAGGUAGUAAUAUAGCGCCGAAAUGUUUGAAAGUAAGCUUGUAGCUUGCUCAAAAAUGAUAUACAUAUUAAGCUGCCGUGACUGGCAACGUGCUACAUUUUAGUCAGGGUUAGCGGGAAGCGCGUUUUGCUCGUUGACCCUGAUUGUAAAUACGAACAACUUCUAUGACACCUGGAAUGGUUCAUCGUGAAUAUAUCAAUAGGCCUAUAGAAGUAUUCGUUCUGUACAUGAACCUAAAGUAUCGCUUUCUGCUUAUCCAUAUAGUUAAUUUGUAAAUAGUAUAAGAUGGUAGCGGCUCGCGCGCCAUCCUCCUGAAUAUGGACAACCGAAAGUGAUGCCACGGAGAGAAUCAUUCUGUGGAACAACUCUCCUCUUAGAGGUCUAAAUUUGUACUUUAUAUGACACAGUUUAAGGCAAUACACAUUGAUUUGUUCGUAACAAAAUCAGUGCUAGCUUCUGAGAAACUUACAAUUCAAUAGUUGACUGUGAUGGCCUAAUCCGAAUAUUGGCCCUGGUAACCACUGGAGAUAGCUGCAACCUUAAAGAGAUCUGGUGUAUCUCCAGACGUAGUUGGCUAUCGGCGUUUUUAUAAUUAUUAUAUCACAA